CUGGUUUUGAUAUUUUUAUUUUUAUCAUGAUUGUCACUGUGAUAUUGUGAAAUUUCAAGAUAAUUGGAUCGAUUUGAAAAGCAAGAUUCAAAUAAGGCACCAUCAUGGGGAACCAGCUGACAGGUGUGGCUCCAUCUCAGAUCCUACCAGUGGACCACUACCUAACUGAUGUCGUAGACUAUGAAUUUGAAAGCAACAUGGGCAGUACAAGAUUCUUCAAAGUUGCCAAGGCCCGCUUCAAAGAAGGUCCAGCCGUGGUGAAGGUUUUCGUGAUCCAUGAUCCAUCACUGCCAUUGAAAACAUACAGUGAUCAGGUGGAAGGAAUCAGAUUGCGACUACAGAAUGCAUCAAAUUGUUUGCCGUUCAGCAAAGCUGCUCUCUCCGACAAGGCGGCAUUACUCUUCCGAGAAUAUGUCAAAGACAGUUUGUACGAUCGGAUGAGUACUCGGCCCUUCCUUAACGGCAUUGAGAAGAAAUGGAUUGCAUUCCAGCUGCUCUGUGCUCUCAACCAAGCUCACAAACUCAAAGUCUGCCAUGGUGAUAUAAAAUCAGAGAACGUGAUGAUGAGCAGCUGGACAUGGCUUCUUCUUGCAGACUUUGCAAAUUUUAAGCCAACAUAUCUGCCGGAGGAUAACCCAGCCGAUUUCUCCUAUUUCUUCGACACGUCUCGUAGACGGACGUGCUACAUUGCACCGGAGAGAUUUAUAGAAAGUGUGGUGUGGAACUCUGAGGUGGCGGCACCUAUUGACCUGACAAGCAAUGAAAUCAAGAAGGGCGACCUCACGCCAGCCAUGGAUAUAUUCUCUGCAGGAUGUGUGAUUACAGAACUAUUCACCGAUGGCCACCCUCCGUUUGAUCUCUCACAGUUGCUCGGUUACAGAUGUGGAGAAUACAGCCCUUGGAAGAUUGUGGAGAAAAUAGAUGACUUCAAUGUGAAGAUGCUAGUUCGUCAUAUGAUGCAAAAGGAUCCGAAUUUGCGCCUCUCUGCAGAGGAGUACCUCAUCCAACAAAGAGGCAAAGCAUUCCCCGAGUACUUCUACACAUUCCUGAAGCUGUACCUUCAGAGGUUUGCUAGUCCUCCAAUACUUGCUGCUGAGGAGAGAAUAAUGAGAAUCAAGAAAGACAUUGAUGAUAUUCUGAAGAACCUUGACGUCGAUAAAGACAACUCAGAGGAAAACACUGGACUUGUUUUGAUCAUUUCACUCAUCACGUCAUCGCUCAGGAGUCUCAGGUACUGCCACACUAAGCUGGUUGGCUUGGAGCUCCUGCUACAGUUGACCAACUAUGUUACCUCUGAGAUUAUCCUCGAUAGGCUAAUUCCUUUCAUGCUUUGGUUUGCCAAUGAUCCGUUACCUAGGGUGAGGGCGGAGGCACUUCAUACCAUCACAGAGUGCCUAUCGAGGGUCAAAACGCUCCCUAGAAGUGACGCCAACAUAUUUCCCGAGUACAUUCUGCCAAGUCUUAAUCAUCUAACCCAGGACAAAGCAGUAAUGGUGCGCGUGAAAUACGCCGAAAAGAUAGCACAACUUGCCGAGACGGCGCUCAGCUUCCUCGAGAUGGUCCAACUCAACAACACAUCAGGUGAAACUGGGAGACGGGAGAGUAUGAUAAACGUCACCGCAGAUUAUGAGGUUAGCUAUGAUGCGGAACUACAGGCCCUUCACGAGAUGAUCCAACAGAAGGUAGUCAAGCUGCUCAGCGACCCUGACAACAUUGUCAAGAGGACACUGCUUGAAAAUGGCAUCACGAGGCUCUGUGUGUUCUUUGGACGACAAAAAGCUAAUGAUGUCCUUCUGUCUCAUAUGAUCACAUUCCUUAAUGACAAGUAUGACUGGCACCUUCGUGGGUCGUUCUUCGACAGCAUCGUAGGUGUAGCAGCAUAUGUAGGAUGGCAGAGCUCAACAAUAAUCAAACCACUUAUGCAGCAGGGAUUGAGUGACACAGAAGAACAAGUGAUUCAGAAGACGCUGUCUGCUCUCACGUCUAUGGUCGAGUUGGGUCUGCUGCAGAAACCUCUCCUGCAUGAAUUCCUCACUGAGGUUGUCUGCUUCCUAUGUCAUCCCGGUGUGUAUGUACGACAUGGAGCUGUCGGAUUUGUGUCGGCGAUCGCCAAGUCUCUCAACAUAGCAGACGUUCAUUGCUUUCUUCUCCCACUCAUCCAACCAUUCCUGAAGCAGCAGAUCAUUCAAGUGGAUAAUGAGGUUAUCCUGCUGAAUGCGUUAAAGGAGCCUGUGCCUAGGUCUGUCUAUGAUUACAUCUUGCGGUCUCAGCUGAUUGAUAAAUUAUUCGAGAGUCUGGAGGACCGGCAGCUUAUUCGUAACAUCUGUCGGCCAGGACAUAAGCCAGCCUACCAGGAACUUGAUGAGAGUCUAAAUCAGCUCUUUAGAAAGUUGACGUCCCAGGGUAUGACGGAAUCAGAUGAAGAUAAACUCAUGGCUAUGAAGGAUUUCAUGUUGAAGUUACACAGAUCAAGAGCAGGGUCCAACUCGUAUAACAAUGCAUACUUUGGGUCAUCAGAAUCGUCGAGUUUUGAAGAGGAGGCUGCGAAACAGGGUGUUGUUAAUUUGGGUGUGUUGGGAAACAAGAUGACGAUCCGUCACGCUGACCUCAUCAAACCACUUGAGGCUAAGAUUGACCAACAAGCAGCACAAAGCAGGAGAGCAAGAAAAAAAGUGCCUGGGCCCGAGUCCCCAUCCAUUACCAUGAACGAGGAGUGGAAGAGUAUGUUUGGGGCUGCUGAGAAUGAUAACAGACAAGCCCCACCCUCCCCUAAACUCAAGAAAGAGCCGAGUCCACCCAAAGGGUCAUCCACGGAGCCCCAGAGCCCUGGGGUUAAACCGGACCUGCCGAUUACAAUGUCGCAGUUACAGUCGUCUCUUGAGGGUAUUCCUAAGAAGACACCGCUGCAGCAGCCUGAUAGGCCACUGGUGCAGAAUCGCCAUGCCAACUGUAAACUCGAUCUUCGAAACCUCGUCUACAAGAAACGGGAACAGUACGAAGAAGACGUCGUCAUCAAGGAUCUCGUCGAUAACGUGACUUGGGAGGAGCGACGCCCUCUGCCAACGAAUUGGAAACCAAAAGGUCUCCUCGUGGCCCACUUACACGAGCAUAGAGGUGCUGUAAACAGAAUUGCUGUUAGUCAUGAUAAUAGCUAUUUUGCGACAUGUUCAAAUGAUGGUGCUACUAAAAUCUGGGACUGCAGUCGAAUGGAAGGAAAGAGCACAACAAACAGAUCCAAGUUGACUUACGCAAAACAAGGCGGGCAGAUUCGGACGGGCGUGUUCUGUGAAUCAUCGUACUCAGUGGCGACUGUGUCGGAUAAUGGAACUAUUCACAUUAUCAGGAUCGAAACAGGAACUACUCCUGCAAAGCUUGGAAUCCAGAACACCAAAAAUAUAAACGUCGAAGAAACUGGACUUGUCGUGGAUAUCGGCCAUUUUGAAACUGGCUCACGGUCAGUUUUAGGUUAUGCGACUGUCAACGGACUCCUGAUUGGCUGGGAUUUGCGAUCACCUACCCCUGCCUGGCAACUGCAGAACGACCCCAAACAUGGUCUCAUUACGUCGUUCCAUAUUCAUCACCAGCAGUGCUGGUUGGCUUUGGGGACGAGUAGCGGGACUCACGUCUGUUGGGAUAUGAGGUUUCAGUUGCCAAUAACGACAGUUGUGCAUCCGACAGGAGCAAGAGUUCGACGUCUGAUCACUCAUCCCAUUGAGCAGUCAUGGGUGAUGUCAGCAGUCCAGGGAAACAACGAGGUCUCCAUGUGGGACUUGGAGACGGGUGCUAGACAAAAGACACUCUGGGCGAGCACAGCACCACCACUUUCUACCACACAGGCAUCUAGUCACUCGGUCAACGGAAUGUAUUUCGGCACCACAGACAACAGUUCAUUUCUCCUGACAGCCGGUUCAGAUAUGAGGCUACGGUUCUGGGACUUGAACUUUCCAUCAAACUCCAAUAUUGUCGCGGGUGCUGCUAGUGAUCCAUCGAAUCAUACCAUAGUCACGUAUAAGUCUCGGAUUAUAGAGAGCACUGAGGUGAUCCAGGAGACGUACAGCAAGCAACGAGGCUCGGGCAUCGAGGACAUUCCAAGACGAGGCCCUGAUGCUCCCCCUAUUGGCCACCGUGAUGUUAUCACAGACAUUAACAUGUGUCAUACGACGCAAGCAUUCAUAAUUACAAGUGGUAGAGAUGGUGUGGUCAAAGUGUGGAAAUAAAUAAAUGAUGAAAAUUACUGGAAGAUAUUAUGCUUAGCCAAUGUGUUUUCCAUGUGAAAUUGCCAGACACUCAAGUGAGCUCUCCUCGUGAAAUGGACUAUAGAACAAUGGUACAACCAGCAAGGAAUGACUCCAUUGGACGCAUUCCAAUCAGACCCAGCUAACCUCUCUUUUGAGGAGUAAUGUCCGUAAAAAGUGGGCAGUUCGUCUUUGAAUUGGACAAACCGUCAGCGACCAGCUCAUUGCAAUGUGGCAGUGUACAAAUGUUUGUCCGUGUAGCAGGCUCAUAUCAAAGAGUGUUGUCUCUACUGAAUUCAGUCCUGUGAUCGGGGUCAAUGCAAUGAAAAUAGAUUUGAAGGAGAACAAAUGUAAGUAUUGAUGUACAUUUAUUAGAGGUUCAAUAAUGUACAUACAUGUAGAUGUUAAAGAACAAUAAAUGAUAUUAUGAAUGAA